AUGGACGUCUUCGAAAACAUCACCGCGAUGCGCUCUGGCACCGAUGCUGCUGAGGCCAUGGAGGCCAUCCAGAAGAACAACUCCGCAAUCGUCGCCAAGCGCGCGGGCCGGUACGACGAGGCUAUCCGCCUGCACUCCGAGGCCGUCCAAGUUAAGGUCCGGCUCCACGGCGAGCGGUCCGUCCACGCCGCAAUCUCCUUCAACAACCUCGGCGAGACGUAUCUCGCGGCUGGGAAGCUCGACGAGGCGGCGGCUGCGUUCGCGAAGGCCCUCGCGGUCAGGGACGACAAGGCGUUUGGCGGCAUGGAGCUCGGCCCCCGCAACGACGCCGCUGCGAGCCGGGACAAUAUGGCGCGCGUGCUGGAGGCGAGAGGGGACUUCCCUGGUGCUCGGGAACUCCGUCUCAAGGGUGCGGACAAGGGCCACACGAUGUGUGGAUGUGAAAAUUGUGUGUCCCCCGGAGGCGCCAUGCUGUCCCGCGCACAGUUGAAAGCCUGUGGUGCGUGCCGUUCCGUCUUUUACUGCAGCCCAGUCUGCCAGAAGAGGGACUGGACCAGGAGGCACAAGCCCCUUUGCAAGAAGUACAUGAGCAGUAAGCUGCCAGGCCAGCUGGACCUGGCGAAUCUGCCUAGGGUGGAGAAGGAGAUCAUCUGA